GGAGAAAAGACGGCGUUUGUUGGCCGUGCUUUUUGUUUUUCAGGUCGCCGAGGUUGAUCGGAUCCGGAUCAUUAAACGUCUCUCUUGCUCCAAGAAAGAAGGAUGAGAGGUGAAGCAAGUGACCUUUGCUUCGAUUGCCUCGAUCAACGUAUCAACUCUGACUUCUCCGACCAGAUCGUCUUCUCUUACGGCGUCUCCGAUUCGCCGCUACCUUUUGGAUCAUCCGCCGUCGUUGAGGUUUCUGACUGUAGCGAGGAAUCUUCUGCUUCUUCUUCUUGUGAAUCCACUUCGUCUCAGUUCAUUGUGGAGUAUCUCCGGAAAGAAGAACAUGGUUGCUUAGCUAACUACGUCGAUAGAUGUGUUGUUGGGGAUCGAGAGGGUGGAAAUUCAAACGAUGCUGUUGAAACUGAUGAGUGUUUGGAUUGUUCACCCAGUGUCUCUCAGGCUACUGCUGAUGAUGAUGACACAGAGAACAUUACUUGUGGAACUAUAGCUGCACUUUUACCAAUUGUUCAGAUUAGCAAAUGUUCUGCAUCUGAACUUCAAAAGGUUGCUUCUAGUUUCCUUUAUGAGUGUACAGAAGAUCAAAUUUUAGCCUCUUUAAAUCGCCUGAUUACUGGAAAGUCGUCUGGACAAGAAGCCCAUAGUUUCCUUCGUCUUCUUGGGUUACCGCUGUCAGAAGAGAAAAGAAAGCUUCAAUGUAUUAGGCAUCCAAACCUAUCGCCGGUCUUAGGACUUCUGACAUCAUCAGAUUGUUUGGUCUCAGUGCUCCCCAAAGCCCCGUAUACAUUGGAAAAUAUUCUUUACUACAGCCCCAGUGCUAUAAAGUCAGAAUGGCAUAGAAAUUUUAUGAUAUAUCAGCUAUUGUCUGCGUUAGCUCACUUGCAUGGGUUGAAGGUUUCGCAUGGGAGCAUUUGUCCGUCAAGCAUAUUGUUGUCUGAUUCAUUAUGGAGUUGGUUAAAGAUCUAUAGCAAGCCUGAUUUAGGUUCUGGAGAUGCCGAUUCAUCUGCUUCAAGAAGAAGCUGGUGUGUUGAGGAUUGUUAUUCAUAUGGCCUUUAUGCUGAUCUUAAAAUUUCUUCACAUUUGGACUGGCAGACUCACUUUGAUAAAUGGUGGAGGGGAGAGCUAAGCAAUUUUGAGUAUUUACUCGUCUUAAACAAACUAGCAGGUCGAAGGUGGGGGGACCACACAUUUCAUCCGGUAAUGCCAUGGGUCAUAGAUUUCAGCAAGAAACCUGAAAAUGAUAGUGACUCAGGAUGGCGUGAUUUAAGAAAAAGCAAAUGGAGAUUGGCAAAAGGAGAUGAACAAUUAGAUUUCACCUAUUCGACUUUUGAAUUUCCGCAUCAUGUUUCAGAUGAAUGUCUGUCUGAGCUGGCUGUUUGCAGCUACAAAGCAAGGAGACUGCCACUGAGUGUCCUGCGAAAGGCAGUUCGGUCGGUGUAUGAACCUAAUGAGUAUCCCUCUGACAUGCAAAGGCUUUAUGAUUGGACCCCUGACGAGUGCAUCCCUGAGUUUUACUGCGAUCCCCGCAUCUUUUGCUCCCUUCAUCCUAGUAUGUCUGAUUUGGCUGUACCUCCAUGGGCAAACAGCCCCGAGGAGUUCAUUAGGUUGCAUCGAGAUGCCCUGGAAAGCCCCCAUGUUUCAUCUCUAAUACAUCACUGGAUUGAUAUUACUUUUGGUUACAAAAUGUCAGGACAGGCUGCUAUUACUGCAAAGAAUGUUAUGUUGUCUUCAUCUGAGCCCACAGUACCGAGGUCAGUUGGACGCCGUCAACUCUUUUUCCGGCAUCAUCCGGUGCGCCUUGGUUUCUCCCGCGAGAAGGAACAAAGUAGAAAUGAGCUAGAAAUGCAUACAUUUCAUGGCUUUGGUGUGGACAACAAGAGGUCCGUCAUUCUCCAAGCUGAUGAGUAUCUGGAAGAAACUGAAGAGGCAUCUGCAUUUUCUGAUCAUGCAGCACAUCUAAGUCCGAAAUAUCACCUUCAUGAAAACCUGGUUGAGUCUCCUUUGCAUGUAUCUUACAGUGAAAACGCUAACAAAGUAAAUACUAGUCUCCCUGGAACUUCAAAAAACAAAGGUUUAUCAUCAAGGAUAAGUUUGAAUUAUCUUUUGGAGCAUAUGGAGGUGAGAGACGAAGCAUCGACUGAACUUCAGGAGUUGUUACAAUGGCGGAAAGAUUUCUGCACAGGAAACUUUUCCAAGGACAUUGCAGGGGAUAUUUUUUCUAUUGGCUGUGUCCUGGCAGAACUUUAUUUGAUGAAGCCGCUAUUCAACUCAGUGUCUUUGGCUAAUUAUUUAGAAGGUGGUGAAUUACCUGAAUUGAUCAAGGAACUUCCUCCUCCUACUCAGGUACUUGUCGAAGCAUGUAUUGAACAAGAUUGGAGAAGGAGGCCCUCAGCAAAGAGUCUUUUGGACUCUCCGUAUUUCUCAGCUACAGUGAGGUCAGCUCACUUGUUUGCUGCUCCACUUCACCUUUUGGCCAAAGGUCAAACACGCUUGUGUUAUGCUGCAAGUUUUGCCAAACAGGGCGUCCUGAAAGCAAUGGGAACAUUUGUGGCAGAGAUGUGUGCUGUGUACUGUUUGCCACUGGUCACAACACCUUUAUCUGACGACGAGUGUGAAUUGGCUUAUGUAGUUCUCAAGGAAUUUACAAAAUCUUUGACACCAAUGGCUGUGCAGAGACUUGUCUUGCCUUCUAUCCAGAAGAUCUUACUGACCACAGGUUACUCGCAUUUGAAAGUUUCUCUUCUUCAAGAUUCGUUUGUGAGGGAAUUAUGGAAUCAAAUUGGAAAGAGAGUAUAUCUUGAAAUGAUUCAUCCUUUAGUCAUAUCAAACUUGUAUAAUUCUCCGGACAAGAUCUCGGCUUCUGCAGCCUCUGUGCUUUUGAUUGGUUCGAGCGAAGAGCUUGGUGCCCCUGUUACAGUACACCAGACUAUACUGCCUCUGAUAAGUUACUUCGGAAAAGGAAUAUGUACUGAUGGGAUUGAUGUGCUGGUUAGAAUUGGGAGACUGUUGGGCGUGAACUUCAUUGUCAAACAGAUGCUGCCAUUACUUGAAAAUGUUGUUUGCAUCUGUAUUGAUCUUUCUUCUAUGAAAAAACCAGAGCCUGUUCGUAGUUGGUGUUCUUUAGCGCUGACUGAUUGCCUAAUCACACUCGAUGGUCUAGUUGCUCUUAUAUCAGACGAGUUGCUCAUACAUGAGCUGACCAAAGGUAGGUUGUGCCUACAUGUAAGAGUUCUUAUGCAGAAAAAUCUGGAGUUGCGGGUCCUUCAGUUUGCUGCAACUUCCCUGAUGUCAAUUUGCCAGCGGAUUGGACAAGAGAUGACUGCAUUGCAUGUUCUUCCGCAGUUGAAGGAGCUUUUUGAUGAGUUUGCUUUCUCUGAGAAAAGUGCAGAUGCAUCUGACUCUUUAAGCUGGAAGAUCAGGACUGCCGAACAAAAUUUCCAUCCAGAAUCUCCAAUCAAAAACCGUAUGGAUCUUGUGCUGCUUCUCUAUCCUUCUUUUGCCUCACUUCUUGGUAUGGAGAAAUUACGCCAGAAUUGUCCAACCUGGCUACUCCUUGAGCAAUAUCUGCUAAAGCAUCAUAACUGGAAGUGGGAAUACACAGGUCGAUCUUCUAGAUACAGUAUGGAAGCUAAGCCUGUGUUAAAAAAGGGCCCUGCAUCUAAGCACACUCCUAAGAUGUUGCUCAAUGGAUCUGGACGGUCGGUUCCCCAGUUGCAGGGGUUAAGAAAUUCCAAUCACUUAAAACCUCAUAUACAUGUCCCAGUUGAAGGACAAGAAGCAGUCCUAAACCCUUUGGUGCAUGAACCCUGGUCAUGGUUUCCUAGUCCAGUAGCUUGUUGGGAUGGGAUUGACAUUGGGCGUUUUGGAAACCCCAAAGAUGAGCAUCGAUGGAAAAUUAGAGCAUCUGUUUUAUCUUCUGCGCGUGCCUAUCAUGGAGCUCUAAGAUCUUUAGUGGUUUCUGAAGAUGAGUGUACAGUUUUCGCUUCAGGAAUUGAUCCAGGGUUUAAGGGAAGUGUUCAGAAGUGGGAACUAGCAAGCUUAAGUUGUGUAUCUAGUUAUCAUGCACAUGAAGAGGUUGUUAAUGACAUCAGUAUUCUGUCAUCCACCGGAAAGAUAGCAUCUUGUGACGGAACUAUACAUGUGUGGAAUAGCCAGACCGGGAAACUAAUAUCUUUGUUCUCUGAGUCACCUUCGUAUCAAGAUCAAACUUCCUCAUAUCUGCCAUCAAAGAAUAAUUCCAAUCAGUGUGAUAGAAUUGCAUCACACGGAUUAUCAAGUGGGAUUUUCGAUGAGAACUUGUAUACAUGUAUGCAUUAUCUAGAAUACAUGGAUCAGCUUGUUGCUGGAACCGGAUUCGGUGCCCUCAGGUUUAUCGAUCUAGCACGAGGCCAGAAGCUUCAAAUUUGGGGAGGAGAACCUAUUGAAUCUGGAUUCACUUCUCUCGUAUCUGCUCUUUGUUCAGGAGGGACUCAAACAAAACAUGGAGACGGAGCUUCAGUAUCACCUUCUUGGAUUGCAGCUGGUUUUAGUUCUGGCCAGUGUAGGCUAUUUGACUUGAGGGAUAAUGGUUUUAUUUCCUCCUGGAGAGCUCAUGACGGAUACGUGACAAAGUUAAUGGCUCCUGAGAGCCAUUUACUUGUUUCCAGCUCUCUUGACAAAACUUUACGGAUCUGGGACUUAAGGAAGAGCUGGACACCACAGCCUUUUGUUGUCAAAGGACACAACGAUGGUGUUUCCGAUUUCUCCAUCUGGGGCAAGGAUGUUAUCUCCAUCUCAAGAAACAACAUCGGGAUUUUCUCACUGUCAAAGUCUCAAGAUGAGGAGGAGCAACAGCAGCAGCGGAUUAUACCACAGAAACUGUAUAUGGCAGAGAAGGGAGGAAGAGUCAAGUCGGAUUUAUCGACCAUUUGUGUUUUACCAUUUUCGAGAUUGUUCAUCGUUGGAGCACAUGAUGGUUACUUGAGAAUCUGUUGUUGAAAUAUAGUACAAACUAUAUA